CAUGAAAAAAUCAAGUAAUAUAUUUCUAAAAUAUUUAAGCACAGAGCAGCUGGGGUGGUUGUGUUCCUGGAAGGCAAAGCCCAGAUAUUUUAAUUUUAUCCCGACUAAGUUAAUGCUCUCAAACUCCAUAAAAAAAAAUAGAAUUUAAUUAAUUUUGAAUGUUUAAAGAGGUUUUCUGGGGGGGCAAUACGUGUUAUCUCACUAUCUGGACCUUGGGUUUCAAAGUUGGGAAUUUGAACCAUACUCUUUGUUCUACCUUCAAUAAUCUUGCACGUGUAUUUUCCCAAUUUCUCUUUCUCUCCCUUUCUUAGAACCGCCCUCUUUUUCCUUCCUUCAUUCAAUCCCGCUCUAUUAUUGUUUUCUUUGAUUGAAUUUGAUAUUUGGAACAGAAAAACAAAACACUGCAUUCAAACUACUUGGAAUUCAUCUCCAUUCUUUUUGAUUUUAUAAGCCUGUUCCUUUCGAAUUUAGACUCUAUUUUUCCUUCUUUUUUGACCUCCCUUACCCAAAAGAAAAGUCUACCUCUUUUAUUUCUCUCACUAAUUCCAGUCAAUUUUUUUGUAUCCUUUCCGUAAUUGAUUCUUGGGUAUAUUAUUUGUACCCCUUUUUUCAAAAAAAAAAAAAAGCAGGAAAAAAAAAUAAAGGUUACUUAUUUAUUUAUGUUGUUUGUUUCCGGUUUAAUAAAAAAACAGAUCUUCCCUUCGAAGCUCCAUGAUUGCAGAGAACAGUGCCGAGAUACAACAACAUUCACAGAAAAAUAAGUGAUUUUUGGAUUAAAGGUAAAUCAGAAACGUCAUCGUUUUGCUGUUUGUUGUUAUGCCUGGCGCAGCAGGGCAGGGCGUAGAACAUGUAGGCUUGCCUAAAAUGGAAGCGAAAUCCAAAGCUGGAUGUAGCAACCCCGUCAAAAAGAAGGGACCCGUCUCAAUGGAUCACGUUCUUUUGGCAUUACGCGAGACGAAGGAGGAAAGGGAUUUAAGGAUUCGGAGUUUGUUCAACUUUUUCGAUGCAGCCAAUGUGGGAUUCUUGGAUUACGGUCAGAUCGAAAAGGGUCUCUCGGCUUUGCAGAUUCCGGCCGAGUAUAAGUACGCCAACGAUCUGUUGAAAGUCUGCGAUGCAAACAGAGAUGGGCGCGUGGAUUAUCAAGAGUUUAAAAGGUAUAUGGAUGACAAAGAGCUUGAACUUUAUAGGAUUUUCCAAGCUAUUGAUGUGGAGCACAAUGGGUGCAUUUUGCCUGAGGAGCUUUGGGAUGCGCUUGUUAAGGCUGGGAUUUGUAUCGAUGAUGAGGAACUUGCACGAUUUGUAGAGCAUGUUGAUAAGGACAACAAUGGAAUUAUAACAUUUGAAGAAUGGAGAGAUUUCCUUCUACUUUAUCCUCAUGAAGCUACUAUGGAGAACAUCUAUCAUCAUUGGGAAAAGGUUUGCCUUGUAGAUAUCGGAGAAACAGCUGUUAUUCCCCAGGGCAUCAGUACACAUGUUAAGAGAAGCAAGUAUUUUAUUGCAGGAGGAAUAGCCGGAGCAGCUUCUCGCACUGCAACUGCUCCUCUCGAUCGCCUGAAGGUUGUUUUACAAGUGCAAACCACAAAUGCUGAUAUUCUACCAGCUGUAAGAAAAAUAUUGAAGGAAGAUGGUAUUUUGGGGUUUUUCCGUGGUAAUGGGUUAAAUGUUGUGAAAGUAGCUCCUGAAAGUGCUAUAAAGUUCUAUGCAUAUGAAAUGUUAAAGACUGUAAUAGGAGACAGUAGAGGGGAUAAGAAGGGUGAUAUAGGUGCUAGUGGGAGACUUUUUGCUGGUGGAGUAGCCGGUGCUGUGGCACAAUGUGCUAUCUACCCAAUGGAUCUCGUAAAAACUCGAUUACAGACUUGUGCUUCGGAAGGUGGAAAGCCUCCAAAGCUGGGGAAAUUAACUAAGGAUAUAUGGGUUCAAGAGGGUCCUCGAGCAUUUUAUAAAGGUCUUGUGCCAUCUCUUCUUGGGAUUAUCCCAUAUGCUGGCAUCGACCUUACUGUCUAUGAGACCUUGAAAGAUUUUUCGAGGUCAUAUAUUCUUCAAGAUAGUGAACCCGGUCCUCUUGUGCAACUAGGCUGUGGAACAAUUUCUGGAGCUUUAGGAGCAACAUGUGUUUAUCCUUUGCAGGUUAUUCGAACGAGAAUGCAAGCUCAACGCACUACCUCAGGUGUUGCGUAUAAUGGAAUGUCUGACGUAUUUUGGAAAACCUUUCGGAAUGAAGGUUAUAGAGAUAUUGUUAGAUUUCAUGAAAAACACCCAACAUGCCCGGACGAGUCUCUGUUUAAUUUGUUUUGUUGAGGACGAGUAGUAGUUAAAGAGAAGCGAAGAGUUAGAGCAAGAAUUCAUGUCUUUUAUAAACGAAAGAGUGGAGAUUUUGUCUUGCACAUUAUAGCCGCCAUGAGUAUCUGCUAACUUAUGUAAGACUGAACUGACAAUUAAUGAACCUGACGAUGUUUUGUAAGAUUUCAUGUUUUGAUGAAGAACAAUUUAUUCAUAAUCUGAAACAUUUCAAACCCACCCAUUUUGUCAGCUGAAAGAAAUCCAAGCAAUGAAGCACUAAUUAUUCAGAUGAAAUAGCAGACGUACAACCAACCAUUUUUGUUCAACAAACUUUGAGGGGAAAAAACAUAAAACAGCUUGGAACAACCAAUUAAUCUGCUACAAAUUUGGACUUUCUUCAUGUGUUUUAUGCUCAUUUUGAUCUGAACUCUGAUUGAAAACAAAGAUGCAGAAAUGAAGAUAAAGACACAAUAAAGUAAAAAUAGAAAGAAAGGCAUGGCCUUCCCUUUGCCUCAAAUGACUUGCCUUUUGAGCCCCCUUUCAAAUCCUCUACGAGGAGUAAGCAGAAGAGGGAUGGUUACUAAUGGUUGCAGUGGUCUUCUUCUUCUUCUUCUUUCUUCUCCACAUGUUUUUGGUCUCAAAGUUUGAGCUCAAAACUCAGACAGAAGAAACAAAAACAACUUAUUGCAUUGCAUU